AUGGCCAAAGGCUCGGCAAUGAAAGCGGUUUCUGCGCAUGCCCAACCGGAAAGAAUUCUCCGUCCCGCAAAGAUGUUCGCCGACCAUGGAGUCGAGAUUGAGGCAAUCUACCAGCUCUGUCUGCGCCUCUGCUCCCGUGCCGAAAACAUCAUCAAGGACCUUCGAGCCCCUGGCCCAACCCUGCCGUCGAGGCUCGACCAUCCUGUGGAUACAGACAUUGAAUGGCAGACUAUUUUUGCCAACUAUCAACAUUACCCCCCGGCACAGAUGUCACUGUCAGACACUAACUUCUGGUUCAAUAAUCUCUAA